CAACCGGAACCCUUGCACAUCCCUAUUAGACAUGAGCAACAUCUGAAACAAAUGUACUUGCGAAACAAAAUACAAAAAAACCCGCAUGAUAAUUACUUUAGUUGAGCGACAUGAGCGAUCCCGAGAAUGAGUCGAAGAGCAAUAAGCGCGGCCCCAAGCACAUGCGGUUGCGCUACUAUACGUCCUAUGAGGAGGCGAUGAUUGUGAAAUUGUGGCGCGAGCAUUUGCCCGAAAUAACUUCCUACACGGAGAAUCUGGUAAUAUUUCGGGAGAUCGCCUUUGGAUUACAGCAGCAUCGCAUAAGGUUGAACAAGCAGGAAGUGCGACGACGUAUUAGCAGCUACCGCAACAAGUAUUUAGUCGAGCGCAGUCGCUAUGAGAGCGAUCCACAGUAUAAAUCAGAUUGGCGUUUAUACCAGCUCGUCGACUGCCUUUUCCAGCCAGCAGCAGCGGCAGGUACCACGCCCCCCAUUACUACGGAGCGCAAAUUGAUUGAGGAUUUGGAAGAGAAAAUACGCAGGGAAGUUCCUAAUUUACCUCGCUUCAAUCGUCACGAUUGCCGCACAAUGAAGUUCGAAAUGGAUCCGAACAGCUGCCCCUUCUAUGAAGAUCAAGCGACAGCGCCACAGGUGAAGGCGGAGCUGCACCAAAUGCUGGACUCGCCCAAGCAACAAAUAAAGACUGAACUGAAGGCCGAAAUGGAGCACCUGCAGCCAGCGCAGUCCAUACCAACGGAGAAACGUUCACCUCUAAUGCCCGCCAAUCGCACGCUGGAACCGCAAUCGCAGUCACAGCCAUCGCCCGUUUCGGAGUUUAGCCAACCCUCGGUGCGUCGUUUGCGUCGUCGUAGUAUAAUGCCCCGCACUGGUCAAAUAACUUUGGCCCAGAUCGAGAGAUUGCGCAAAGAGAACGAGAUACUGGCCGAGCAGCGGGAUGCCCAUUUGGCGGAUUUGGCGUUGAAGGAACGCGAAUAUCAACAGCUGGAGCAAACAUUCGACUUCUGGCUGCAUCAGCAGGAGACGUGGAUGGCCUACCUGGACACGCGUGGUAUUAAAUGAAUCUUAAAGUUGUCCUUGUUGACAACAAACUAUGUUUGAGUUUAAGUAAUGAAGUGUAUUUAGCUUUAAUUAUGUAUUUUUAAUUUUGAUCUCCGAUUCUCCACUCGGAUUUUCCUCUAUGAGUCAGCUGAUUAAGGAAAAAAAGUUGGCAAAUUUAUAAUUCAGGAGUUACGGAAAUCAUAUGAGUUAUAAAUAUUUUAAUUUUUGCAAUAAAAUUAGGAAUCUAUGGAUAUUAUGUGAAUUAUAAA